AAGUUCAGAGAACAUGAUUUAGUAGAUAUUAAAAUUUAGAAAGAAUGAUUCAGUACAUGAAUAAACUGUCACAUUAACAAAAUUGAAUAAAAUUACACAUAAAAUUUAAACUUGUCAAAAUUCAAGCAAAAAUGCUAAUUAAGCCUUUAUGUUAAAGUAUAACAAUUAGGAGAGUUGGGCCAAAUUUUUGUUGUGUUUGGAGGGUGGCCCAAAGAACCUCACUCCAAACCAACGUCUGUAAUCCUAAUCCACUGCAAUGCCUCCACUACUCUGUCACUAUCAAUAAACAUUUCGCUUUCGCGUACAAUAUAGCCCAUAACCCAUAAGGCCAUAAGGCCAUAACUCACAGUCACAGGAAGUCAGAGAGGUAGUGGCACAAUUCAGCCAUCUGACCAAAAUAUCCCUUCCACCUCCUCCAAAGUCCAAACCUUAUACUUAUAGGCAACAAUUAUUAUAUAUUUCAAAAAAAAUAUCAAAAUGAAAUCCAGAACUCAAAUCCUAAUUGGUCUGUCUAAUAUGAUGUGGCAGAGUCACAUGCUUUGAAUUAUCUUAUCCUCUCAUAUCCAAAAUCUGCUUUACCGUUUUCUGCCAAAUAUCUUUCAAAUGUCACGCUACAUAUAAACCUGAAUUUUCGUUAGUUUUCAGAUACAAUAACCCACCUCUAUUAAUAUUAUUAUUAAGUACAGUCCAACAGUAUCAGAAGUUGUUUUGAGUACCCUUAAUUAGUGAGAAUGGCUCUUCAAGCUGCUUCUUUGGUUCCCUCUGCUUUCUCUGUCCCCAAAGAGGGAAAAACUAGUGCUUCUUUCAAGGACUCAAACCUGUUUGGAGUUUCUCUAGACCACUUCAAAGCUGAAUUCAGUUCUUGUGCUCUUAGGUGCAAGAGAACAGGGCCAGUGAAAGCUCAGACAACCCCCACCACAACCCCAUCAGUGACAAAGUCAUCCUCAGAAGGAAAGAAAACUCUAAGAAAGGGGAGUGUCAUAGUCACAGGGGCCUCCUCUGGAUUGGGUCUAGCAACAGCCAAGGCUCUGGCUGAGAGUGGAAAAUGGCAUGUGAUCAUGGCCUGCAGGGACUUUCUGAAGACUGAAAGAGCAGCUAAGGGUGCUGGUAUUACCAAAGAAAACUACACCAUCAUGCAUUUGGACCUGGCCUCCUUAGACAGCGUUCGCCAAUUCGUGAACAACUUUCGCCAGUCCGAGAGGCCACUGGAUGUCCUUGUGUGCAAUGCUGCUGUUUAUCAGCCAACAGCUAAGGAGCCUUCGUUUACUGCUGAAGGGUUUGAACUGAGUGUUGGGACUAACCAUCUUGGCCACUUUCUCCUCUCAAGGUUGCUUAUUGAUGACUUGAACAAAUCCGAUUACCCUUCGAAGCGUCUCAUCAUUGUUGGCUCCAUAACAGGGAACACAAACACUUUGGCUGGAAAUGUACCUCCCAAGGCAAACUUAGGUGACUUGAGGGGGCUUGCUGGGGGACUAAACGGGCUAAACUCGUCAUCCAUGAUCGAUGGUGGAGACUUUGACGGUGCCAAGGCGUACAAAGACAGCAAAGUCUGCAACAUGCUGACCAUGCAGGAAUUCCAUAGACGCUUUCAUGAGGAAACAGGGAUCACAUUUGCUUCCCUUUAUCCUGGCUGCAUUGCCACAACUGGCUUGUUCAGAGAGCACAUUCCCUUGUUCAAGCUUCUCUUCCCUCCAUUCCAAAAGUACAUCACCAAGGGAUAUGUGUCAGAAGAGGAUGCUGGCAAAAGACUUGCUCAGGUUGUGAGCGACCCGAGCUUGACAAAGUCAGGGGUUUACUGGAGCUGGAACAAGGCUUCAGCUUCCUUCGAGAACCAAUUGUCACAGGAAGCUAGUGAUGUUGAGAAGGCUCGUAAAGUGUGGGAGAUAAGUGAAAAGCUUGUGGGUUUGGCCUAAUAAAUUACCAACUUGAGUUUCUCAACUAAUCUCUUCUGUUACCAAAUAUGUGAGAGUUCUUUUUACAGUGUUUGGGUAUGGAGAAUUUAGGAAGCUUUGUUUUGCUGUAGAGAAAAUUCUCUUGUAGAUGAUUUAGAGGUGAGUGUUUGCAACCACUUUCAAUAAUAAAGAAAAACACAGCAUUGUUGGAAA